AAGCAAAGCACCACAUUGAGUGGCCAAAACCAGGGAGGUGGAGAAGAUACAAGAUACCUCAGUCAGCACUUGAACUUUUUGAUGACUUUGCAAACUCAUCAACAAUUCAGCACAAAGGCAUCCAGAGUCACGCUGGGAUGUUGUGACAGAAUCACACGAUUACAUGGGAUUUAUCCCAUUCUGAAAAUGCCUGAGCAGCGAAGAGCAGAGGUAAAUGGAAUCAAAUGUCAGAGCCAGCGCAGCCUGAGAGCGAGUUGAAACUUGGAUUCCACCAUCUAUGGGGAAAGUUUCCUGCUGUGGCACGGAAUAAACGCAAGAGAGAAAAUGACAGCAAGACUUCUAAGAACAACCCUUGCUUUGCUCUCCCUUGGCCUCUUUGCAGUCCUGAAGGCAGCAACAAUAUCAUGCCGAAAUGAAGAAGGUGACGCUGUGGAUUGGUAGGUUUAUCUUUUAUAAGUUACCUAAAAGGCAAGACAAGGAAAGUGGAGAGACUGGGCUACAGUACCUAUACUUAGACUCCACAAUCAGAAGCUGGAGGAGGAGUGAGCAGUUAAUGAAUACCACUGAGAGUGCUUUGGGAAGGACAUUACAACCGCUAUAUGAAGCAUAUGCCUCCAAGAGUAACAGCACAGCUUAUCUAAUAUAUAAUGACGGAGCUCCUACAUCUGCGAAUUAUAGCAGAAAAUAUGGACACACCAAAGUUUGUGUUACAGUUGUGUGUGGUGACGCAUGCCUAUUAUCCAGUGACUCAGAAGGUUGGAACACUGAGGCAAGAGAAUCACAAGUUCCAGGCCAGCCUCAGCAACUGAGUUUACUGCUGUGGAACAGAAUCCAGGGGUUCUGGCUGAUUCAUUCUAUUCCCCGGUUUCCUCCAAUUCCUGAAGAAGGCUACAAUUACCCAUCCACUGGGAGACGAAAUGGACAAAGUGGCAUCUGUAUAACCUUUAAGUACAACCAGUAUGAAGCAAUAGAUUCUCAGCUCUUGGUCUGCAACCCAAAUGUCUACAGCUGUUCCAUCCCGGCCACCUUUCACCAGGACCUUGUCCACAUGCCCCAGCUGUGUGCCAGGUCGAGCUCAUUAAUGACUCCUGACCGGCACCUCGCCACACUUCAGUCAGCCCAGGGACAAAACUUCCUCCAUUUUGCAAAAUCGGAUUCUUUUCUUGAUGACAUCUUUGCAGCCUGGAUGGCUCAAGAGUUGAAGAUACACUUGCUAACAGAAACCUGGCAGCGAAAGAGACAAGAGCUUCCUUCAAACUGCUCCCUUCCUUACCAUGUCUACAAUAUCAAAGCCAUUAAGAUAUCUCGACAAUCUUAUUUUGGUUCUUACCAGGACCAUGCUAAAUGGUGUAUUUCCCAAAAGGGCACCAAAACCCGCUGGACUUGUAUUGGAGACCUAAAUCGGAGCCCAUACCAAGCCUUCAGAAGUGGAGGAUUCAUUUGUACCCAGAAUCGGCAUAUUUACCAAGCAUUUCAAAGAUUAGUUUUGUAUUAUGAAGACUGUAACUAAAUCAGUGAAAGAAUACAUGUCAUAUCUUGCAUUAGAGUCAUUAUUUAAAGAUUAGAAGCCUCUAAAUAUGUUCAACAUAUUGUCAAAUAAAACACAUCUUUCCAAUGUUUAUCAUUUUA